GGAUGAAGAUUUCAACUGUCUUUCCUUUUCUAGUACUUGGUUUUGUAACAUCUGUCUAUAGUAGUAGUAUCCAAUACAGUGUAAUCUCUCUUAUCUCUAAAAAUCAAAACCUCGGCGUCAUUGUGGAUGAUCAAGUGUAUCCUUUAAGCAAUAAUAAUGAAGCCACCCCUUUACUCCAUCGUGGUCAAGCUCCCAUAUCUAAUACCGGAUACAGGUAUGCAAUUAUUUCCAGUCACCAAGUAUUAGACAUUGAGAACUUCACUCGGCCUUGUCCUUCUGCCAAUAUCAUAACAAACGAUUAUUAUGGUCGAUCCUGGAACAGCUAUCACAACUUGACCAGAUUACCUACACUCUUACCACCCCUCAAUAUUAUGGAUCGUAUUCAAUCUAAUUUGCAUAUAGAGAACGAGAUUCCUACGAUUCAUUUAUACGGUAAUCAAACUGGAAUUGAUUACAUGCAUCAUCACCAGGAUGACAAAACAGUGCAUGUCAAGUUAAAUAUGGCCUAUAUCAGUUCAAGAGACAUCAGAGUAUUUAAGGAAAUCACACUAUCGGUUUCUGGUAUGUCCACUCGUAAUAUGGAUAAGCUCUCUUACAAAUUAAAGCUUGCUAAAACACAAGAUCUUUAUGGGUACCGUAGAAUAAAGCUAAAAGCAAUGGCAUAUGAUCUGUCCUACAUGAGAGAUAGUUUGGGUUACGCCAUAACUGAAGCCGUUGGACUCCCUAGUUCAGGUCACAGUUAUGUCCGUGUUUACAUCAAUGACAAAGCCAUUGGACUCUUUGGUCUUACAGAACAUAUAAAGGGAGAUUGGGUCAAAAAUGUUUUUGGUCAUGGAUCUAAGGAUUACAAACACGGCGCCUUAUACAUCGCUGAUAUCAAUACUGGUCAACGAAACACAAUUCAAGAAAAGCCUCCUCACGCCUUGAAAAAUCAAACUCAGUUGUUGAAUAUUCUCAAUAAGGCCAAGCAUGAAGACGCUACUUCUUCUUUGUCCUAUCUAGGAAGUGAUCUGAGCGCUUACAGCGCUGGUCAAUACUCUGUGAAAGUCAAGCCAUCGGAUGGAAACAAGGCCAACUUUGCCUGUAUCAUGGAUUUGACAAAGUUUAUUCAAAGCCAACCAAGCAAGCCUGUAGAUAAUUCAGUAGUGCCGCUUUGGACAGAUAAAAUGGAUGUGGAUAGUUUUCUACGUGGGCUAGCACUUGAAAUUGUGAUUUCUAGUUCUGAUGGGUACUUUGGUAUGGCCAACAAUUUUAUACUCUUUCAAGAUAUUCAACACAAUCGCAUGGUUUUCAGCGAACAAGAUUUCGAUACCACCAUGGGUGUUGGUGGCUAUAAUAUCAGCUUGACGAUGGGUAAAGACUACACCCUAUUUCCGGGUUUCCAAACUCGUGCGCUUAUGCCUCGUUUGAUGCAAGUGCCAAGAUUUAAACAGCAGUUUGAAUUUUAUCUUGGGGAAUUUGUCAAAAGGCUUGUCAAUCCCCAUAUCUUGGGUCGUCGUAUCGACCAACUUUUCCAAAUGCUUUCGGAAGAUGUCGCUUGGGAUAGAUCGUUACCACGUAUGGGACAAACUUUGAGUCCAAUUGGUGCCUUGAUAUUGGAAAUAUAUAAUGUAUCGUCCAUGUCAGAAUUGCCAUUUUCUUUAGGUGUUUAUGGCCCUACGGCUAAUAAUAUUUCAAUGGCAUUGCAUGAUUGGUUGUCCUUGCGUAGCUCGAAUCUAUGGAGAUUCGUUUAAAUAAAGAUGACACAUUUUUAAUUGUACAAGGUAUAUUAUCUAUAUUGUCCCCAUCCCCCGUCAUGGUGAAC